AUGCCCAACCCAGCAGACUUGCCUCUUGAGCUCUUUCUUGAGGUCCUACAUUUUGCUCUACCCAAAUACUACACAGAUCCCCAGCGCCUCUGCAGCCUCGCCCUCCUUGGCCGCAAAUGGCAUGCAGCAUUGCUUGGUCGCAUCUACAACGAAUGGACCUACAAUGGUGCAAGACAGUCAUUCAUGACACUCUGGAAAUUCGUGCGGACAUUACGCAACAAUACCUCCAUUGCGGCCAUUGUGACGACUUUGAAUAUCGGAAAUUAUGGCUUCUAUCCUCGCGCAGUUGCUGGUGGGCCAAAGGUUCAGCUGCCGGCGAACGAGAGAUGGAUCCACAGUGCCAUCCAUGAUGCAGGACUGGGCAAUCUUGAAGACACCGUUCUCCAAAGUCUCUCCAGACGAGAUCGUCGGCCUUUGAUGGUAAUUCUCUUGACAUCAGUUCCGAACCUUUCGGCUCUCUACGGACAUGUGCCUCAAUAUGAUCCUCUUAUGGCGACUUUUGUGAAAAGCACACUUGACUCUGAGGCCACUGGGAACUCAGUUCGCCCCCUUGGCAAGGUCAAGGAGCUGGUUUUAUUCUUUGAAAUUCCCGUGGUUGUUAAUAAAAAUGACGACGCGGAUAAUGAAGUGCAUGAAGAAUCCUCGGAUGAAGACUACAGAAACAUCACAUCAGAUCCCAAAAUUGACUAUGUAUGGCCGGUCUUUUAUUUGCCCUGUCUGCGAACCUUGUCGUUAUUUGAUAUCGACCCCACAGAUGCAGAGAUGUUCCUAGGUCAGCAUGAUGCUAUUUCUCAUGUGGAGACACUUGUGAUUGGGUGUUUCCAUACGGUGUUUACAGUUCAAGAUAUUCAAGCUUUCUUAACUCGCAUUGAAAGAUUGAAAAGUAUCUCACUUAAUCUCCACACGGAUUGCUUCGAAUCUGAGAUUUCGAACCCCGAGCUCUGGGACUGUCUGCAAAAGCACAAAGACAGUCUUGAAGUCAUCGAUAUCUUUCGGAAUGGCGAUACGUUCGGCCAUAAAGGCGGUUGGUUUGGUCUUCUUCGCGAGUUUAAGAAACUCAGACAUCUCUACGUCCAAUUUGAUACAAUCCUUGGUGGUUGCUGCGACUCCCCGAUGGCGCCUUUUCGCUUGCGAGACACGCUUCCGUCAACAAUACAAAAGCUCACGCUGUAUCAAAACGACGAUCACGGUUUCAGCAUAAUUAACCUACACAGCCAUCUGCGCGAGUUACUGGGCGGAUAG